AUGAUUUCUUCUUCUGCUGGUGCCGCUAGGACCUUACGGGGUGUCGUCGUCCCUGGAACACUGAUCCUAGUUCUCGUCAUCAUAGCCUCGUCUGGGUUCGAAGUGAUGGGUUGUCACGACGAGGAGCGGAGUGCUUUGCUCGGGAUCAAGGCGUCCAUGAACAAGAACGACGGCUUCGCGUCACAGAGCUGGGGCAACUCAGCGGGAGACGACUGCUGCCAAUGGAGAGGUAUAGACUGCGAUCCCAACACCGGUCGCGUGGUCGCGAUCGAUCUGUACGGGGAGAUGUGGAGUGAUACAGGUGAGGGGAUACCGCAGCCGAACCUCACCAUGCUGGCGAAGUUUGGGCAGCUCGAGAGUUUGAAUUUGGCGCUCAAUAGCAUGGGCGGUGGGAUUCCAGAGGGUAAGCAACUUUCCCCAAUGAAGGCAGAUAACUGGUUCAUUUACUUCCUUUUUAGUUAAAACAGCGUUCAGAUUAGUCAAUGCUAGUGGAAAUACUGGACAACUUAUCCCUCUCAUUGAAUCAUUUCUUGAAGGAGUUUCCCCUUGUUUUUUUUUUCGUGUCUCGCAGUCAUUUGCGACUUGGAGAAGCUGAAGAUCCUAGAUCUUUCCAUGAACAGAUUGACGGGUUCCGUCCCAUCGUGCCUGUGUAGCAUGAGGUCCUUGGCAGAACUCCAUUUGUCCUCUAACGCCUUGGAAGGCGUUGUCCCUUCCUGUUUCGGCAGAUUUCGCUCCUUGACACUUCUCAGUUUAUUCGACAACAAGUUCACAGAUAACUACUCAUCCUGGGUGUGCAGCAUGCAGUCCUUGACACAGCUCCAGUUAUCCUAUGACACAAACCCUGGCAGCAUCCCAGCAUGUCUCGGCAACUUGCACAAGCUCAUAUACUUAGGAUUUCACGGGGAUAAGUUGUCUGGGACGAUCCCUUCUCCCGUUUUCCAUAAUCUAACCGACUUAGGCACUCUAGAAAUCAACAGUGAUAAGUUGGAAGGCACUUUCAUGUUCUCAGCUUUGGCCAACCUUUCCAAACUCAAAGAGGUAGACAUCUCCGGUAGAAGUUUAGAGAUCGACACCGAAACCCCUGUUUCUUGGUUUCCAUCCUUCCAACUCUCAUUUUUGUCUUUACGUUAUUGUAUCAUUAAUAGUCGCAACGCCGGGAGGCUUCCUACAUUUCUAUGGUCCCAGAGAAAAAUAAAAAUCUUGUUUUUAAGGGACGCCGAGAUCACAGGGACCCCGCCCAUUGGUCUUUUCUGCAACUCCAGUUUAGGGUCUCUAGACUUAAGAAAUAACAGUAUUUCUGGCUUAUUCGUUGUGCCUUGCCGCAAUGCUUCCUACGAUGCUUAUGAAAUCAAUUUAUCACAUAAUGAUAUCUCCGGACCACUCCCUGAAAAUAUUCACCUUUCUUUUCCUAAGUUGAAUAUUCUUAGGAUUGCCGGAAACAAGUUGGAAGGACGAAUUCCCCCAUCCUUGGGUGAGAGACAACUGGUUCUAUUAGAUUUAAGUGACAAUUAUUUAUCAGGUGAAGUGCCCCAUGCUAUUACCAUGAAUCAGAGUUUAUUAUUUUAUUUAAGUCUAGCUCAGAACGAGCUCCAAGGGGAGAUGCUUCCAGUUCAUGCUUAUAUGCCAAAAUUAUCAAUCUUGAUCGUCAAUACCAACCGAUUCACCGGGUCACUUCUCCCAAAGUUGGCCAACUCUUCUCUUCUUUUUCUCAUUAGUGCAGGACAAAAUCAAUUCAUGGAAAAUUUCUCUCAGGGCCUACCUCUUCUCCCUUUACUGAGUAUAUUUUCCAUGACGGAAAAUCGAAUUCAAGGAAACAUACCAAGAACUUUGUGUCAAAUGCAAAACCUACGAAUGUUAGAUCUUUCCAGAAACGACCUGUCUGGAGAAAUUCCAGCUUGUAUUCAAAAUAUUUCUUCUUGGAAGUCAAGCAGCUUGAAAACUGCCAGAGUAUGGCAAGACAGCGGCAUUGCAGAUCCACUUUUAUUCUUAACUUCAAAGAAGUUGGUAUUGCCGUACACAUCAGACGUUCUUUUCGCGAUUACUAUCCUUGAUCUAUCAUCGAACAAGAUUCAUGGAGUUAUUCCUGGGGAAAUUGGAGAAUUGACGUGGCUUCGUCAACUGGACUUUUCAAAUAAUCAAAUCCGAGGUUCUAUACCCAUCUCAAUCGGAAAAAUGAAUAAGUUGGAAAGUUUAGAUCUGUCUCACAACAGUCUAAGUGGUAGAAUUCCCAAUGAAAUGGAUCAAAUCAAUAACCUCGCGUUUUUAAGCCUUGCUUUCAACAACUUGUCCGGUCCUAUCCCGAAUGGUGUACAGCUCGGAACUUUUAAAAAGGCUAGUUUUGAAGGUAAUCCAGGAUUAUGUGGACUGCCACUUGAAAAGAUUUGCUCUUCCGAUCGGAUCGGAGAUGAAGGAAAGCACGACUCCCAAACACUGGAGAAGACAUUAUUUUACACAUGUUCUGCACUGUUAUUUGGUUUGGGUUUUUGGGGAUUUCUUGGCGGCCUUUUCUUCAAUUUAAGGUGGAGGAUGAAGUAUUUCAAAUUUAUUGAUGAAUUUUAUGACAUGUACCUACGGGACCUUUGA